AUGAGAGCAGUUCUGUAUCAGCACAUAACGUCCUGGACAAACUAUUCAGCGUUGGAUGACGAGAAUUCGGACGAAAACCCUCGCAGUCAGACGAGGAGGGAAACGAAGUAUCUCCGGCUACAGAGGGAGCGGGACGCAUCCGCAGCUGAGCUGAACGCGGACGUUGGGAUUGAGCGACAGUUGUCCGGUGGCAAAGAUAGGCUUGAGGAACAGCCAAGAAAAUCCCACCUCUCGCUCGAGAGCAUUACCCUCGCCAGGUGGAAGAUUCCGAGAUACAGCACCGACAAUGGAAUAACCCGAAUGCGGCUUUGGUGGUAUCAGUGGCCAACUCUCGGUCGGGCUUGCUCUCUAUGGGAUUUCUCAAACAACAAGCACCACAACCAUGUUCAACUCGUCCAGACAACAUGUCCUAAUAUAACGAUCCUCUCGCUCUGCUACCACUUCUGUAUCGGUAAGCCCUGCAAAAUUGGAAUCUACAUCGGUACAACUGGCACCCGCGCCGCACACGUAAUCUUGAUGGAGACCGACUGGUGCAGUACGAACCACAAACAGGUGUUUGGCCGGUGCCAUCGGAUCGGUCAGAGAGCCAAAGUCGUGUUCGCAUAUGUCUUCCAAAAUACCCAAAUCGAAUGCGAGCAACUUGCCCUCGACAAGCAUUUAGCACGGUUAGCACUGGGAAAGACAAUAGACUCCUACAACCGAAAAUGAACAAUUAUUCCCCCCCCCCCGGGGGGG